GCCGGAGUCGCCGCCAUGGCCCGGCCUGUCCACGGUUCCGCGCGCACGCUGCUCUCCGCUCUGCUCACGCCGGCGCUGGUGGCCCUGGUGGCACUGCUGGUGGCACCGGCGCGGGGCCGAGGCGGCAGGGACCACGGGGACUGGGACACCGCCGGGCUGUUGCCGCCGCUGCCGCCCCGCGAAGACGCGGCGCGCGUGGCCCGCUUCGUGACGCACGUCUGCGAUUGGGGCGCGCUGGCCACCAUCUCCACGCAGGAGGCGGUGCGUGGCUGGGCCUUCGCCGACGUCCUGUCGCUCAGCGACGGGCCCCCGGGCGCGGGCAGCGGCGUGCCCUACUUCUACCUGAGCCCCAUGCAGCAGCUGGUGGGCAACCUGCAGGAGAAUCCAUCUGCUACGCUGACCAUGUCUUUGGCGCAGACUAACUUCUGCAGGAAACAUGGAUUUGAUCCCCAAAGCCCCCUCUGCGCUCACAUCAUCCUGUCAGGGACUGUCACCAAGGUGAAUGAGACCGAGGCUGACGUUGCAAAGCAGUCGCUGUUCAUUCGCCACCCUGAGAUGAAAGACUGGCCUUCCAGCCACAACUGGUUCUUUGCCAAGCUGAACAUAACCAACAUCUGGCUCCUGGACUACUUCGGUGGGCCCAAGAUCGUGACGCCCGAGGAAUACUAUAACGCCACAUUUCAGGAGGUGAAGCAGCAUUUGGCAGAUUUAACCACCCAGUGAAGUUCUUAGGAUGUUUCAUACAGACCCGAGGGCUUUGGGGCCCCCUGUGGGAAAGGUCCCGGAGAUCAGCCUGGUUACAGCAUCAAGUGGAACUGCUACUGAAUUUCUUGGAAAUGAGGUUGCUAAAUUUUAGACAUUUAAAUUUGUACUUUUACUUAUAUACAUGGUUUCAGGAGACGAGAUGAGAUCCCCCAUAGAGGCGUGCCAGGCAUCCCCGCAGAGCCCUCAUUGGCUCAGAGAAAGGAGCGGACAUGCGUCAUUAUGUUUGAAGACAACAAAUGAACUCACCCGAAACCCAGCCAACAGCCUCUGGUGAAGAAAAAUAAUUAAAAAUAGAAAAAGAGAAAUGAUUUACAUUAACCUUGGUAAAACGGGUUUCUUAUUCAAAGCAUCAAUAAUUAAAAGCAUUAUUUUAAUGACA